AUGAAAGUAUUUGUAAUUACAUCUGGAGUUCUUGUUUCCUUAGCCAUGGGAAUCAAAUUCUUGAUUCCCUUUAUUUUUCAGAUUUGGUCCAUCGUUCUCCCAUGGCUUAGCCCUCCUUAUUUGUACAUUAUUAUGAACUGCAUCAUCAUCGCCAUCGCCGCCUCGUCACGCUUCCACAAAAUUGCAUCCUCGCCUUCGCCGGAAUCUGACUCCUUUCCGGUUCAGUCGGAGAUUAUAACAACUGUCAGUGAACCCCCACCACUGGUGUAUGAGGGUGGUGAUGAUAAGAUCGUGGAGGUGAAGCCAGUGCUUUUAAAUGGCGCAAAAGUUGAAGAACAAGAAACUGAUGCUGAUGCUGAUAUUGAACCUGAAGAUGAAGAUGAAGAUGAAGAAGGUAUCUCCAUUUCUACGUACACUCCGCCGCAGAAGAAUAUCCCCCCAGUACCAGAGGUUCGUCCAGAUUUUCUGCUUCCGGCGACCCUUGGUCACUGGAAACCUCUCAGAGCCAAUCGUAAAGGUGUAAGGACAGCAAGGGUGACAAAGCCAAAGAGAGGAGAGACAUUGGAGAGUACAUGGAAAAUGAUAACGGAUGGACGUAACGGGCAACCCACAAAGCACCUUGAGAAGUCUGACACAUUGGAGCAUCGAGGCCAUCAUAUAGCCAUAAAUUCCCCAUAUCACUCGUCAAAAUCAAAAACCUUCGAGAAUUGUACGAAUAGUGAAUCACGACAAGAAACUUCAUCGAACUUAUCUUUGAGUACCCGAAUAUCUAGACAAUUGUCACCAGGUCUAGAUGAGUUGAAUCGUCGGACGGAGGCAUUCAUCAAUAAAGUCUACGAGGAAAUGAGAUUGCAAAAGCAAAAAUCACUUGAUAAUUUCUUGGAGAUGAUUAACCGUGGAACUUAGUCUCUCUCUCUCUCUC